AUGGUACGAGGAAUUCGAUCCCCAAAUUCAGAUAUUAUUGACAGCACUAAUAUAUACAGUCGCCGGAAAUGGAAAAGCUCAUCGGAGAAGAAAAAGGAGGAAGUUGAUCUAUCGGAUUCGGAUAAGAAACAGUUCACUCUGGUGGAGUUGGAUAACUUGCUAUCUUUGUGGGGGAAGAGCCUUAAGGACUUUUCAGAAAUGUCAAUUUCAUACGAAAGCAACAUGGGUUUAAUGGAAAACAUGUUGAUAGCCGAAGAGUUGGCGUAUGACAAGGACUCGUUGAAGAUAGAGCAUGAAAUGUUGGUAACACAAUUGACGGACGAGCAAAAUAAUGUUUAUGACUAUGUGAUGAAUGAUAUUGAUUCUAAUGGAGGUGGAUUGUUCUUUGUAUAUGGUUAA